CGUAAACCGACGAGAAGUUCAUCGAAGGUCAGAGACAAAACUUUUCAAGUUUUGAUCCUUCAGUUCGGAGUUUAUUUAAUAAGCAUUUUGCUUUACCAUCAAGCUUUCUAUAACAGUCAUGGCUUCACGAGAUGGGCCUAGGGCUUCUGGAACUGAUGGCUCAGAUUUUAGUCACAGGCAGCGUGUGGCUUCACAUUACAAAGAGAGCGUCCUUUGGAAGGGGAAAUUAAAAGCUUGUCUUUGCCUCCAUUUAUUUCUGAUCGUGGCUGCUGGAGGUUGGAUUGCUGCUGCUUACAAUGGAAUGGUUAAAGAUCAACCAAAACUUUGGCAGGCAGCCUGGUUAUUGAGUGCUCUACCUACAGUUGUAGGGCUUCUAAGCCUUCCAAAGAACAAUACCAAACAACUUUACAUUUAUGCAUUUGCAACAUUAUUUAUUGGGGUUGGUCCUCUAGCAUUUGGUGCUUGUGUAAUGGUUCAAGAAAUCUUCUAUAAUGUUAGUCAAGGAAGAGCACCAGCUACCCAGGAACAUCAGAUGGCACCAAUGAAAAUGGCAUUGUCAGCUUUCCUGAUUCAAUUUCAUGGAAUCAGUUUGUAUUACGCAAACAAGCUCAUUACUGCAUGGAGUUCCAAGGGAGAGAAAAAGAACUCAUAAUGCAUCACACAUCUGAACUUAGUUAGAAGGCUACAGAAGGAUAUCAUCAGAGAGAAUGGAACUAUUCCUUCAAGAACUGGACAGUAUGAAUUAAGUCAAAAAGAAAAAUGCUUAUGGCUUCAAUUAACAAAAGCAGUAAAAUUUCCAGUCCAACGUUGGUAUUCUAGAACCUAUGAAUUUUCAUUGAAUUCUAAGUGUAACAGGUAUUUGGUGAAAUACUUGUAACCAUAGUUAGUCAAUUAUUCUGUUGUAACUAAGAACACUCUUGGAUCAAACACCAAACUUGUUACCUGAAGACCCAUUUCAGGUCCAUGCAAGUAGUGUAGAAAUGGAGGAGAUCUAACAAAUGUAAGUUAGAAGAGAAUCUUGUUUCCCUAGGCUUCAAUUUAUACCUUUUUUUCCUCUCCAGUUUUGCAGGAUUUUUAGGAAAAGGUUCUGUAAGCUGGUUGUGACAGAAAAACCAAUUAGUUACUUGGGGUUAGGCAUAUGUACACCAACAAGUUUGAUCCACUUUCCCUUUAUCGGUCAAUUUGAGUGUCAGAAGUGAGCUAAGAAAGCUAGAAACCUUUAGACAGUAGGAACUAGGUUGAAAUUAGGUUUUCCCUGUAUGUAAUAAUUUAUGCAAUAAUAUUCUUUAAAUACUAGUCAAUUACUUCUGUUGUUCAGCUAAAUAUUUUAUUUGAAAUAUUCUACUAAGACUAUAAUAAAAAAUUAGAUGUACUUUAUUUCUAAAAAGUUUAAAUUAGUAGGAUGCUGAAAAUACAGUCUUGAUAAUAUAUAAAUACUACCAUCCUUCAGUGUUCUGUCUGGCAUUCAAUGUUUCACUUCUGCUUGCGUGCUUUCAUUUUUUCUCUAAUCUCAAAUAUUGCAAAGAUCUUGACAGUGACUGUAACUGUUGCUACAGCAACCUUUUCUUGAAAAGUCAGUUGUUCCAUAUCCUUGUUUUCAAGUGACAUCUCUCUACUGUUUCCUACAAAUUCUUCAUAAUGCUCCUCUCGUAUCAGGAUUGGUGGUCCAAGCGAUUGGUUGAACAUUUGAACAACUUCUAGAGCUUUGCUCUUUGCAUUUCUGACUGCACAAACACAGGCUUGCCGUCUGAAGCAAAAUGAUAAAUAA